UUCCAACACGCAUUCACGCGCUCUCCGUUUACCACAUAAGGGCGGCACGAGCGGCCCCCACAGCGGGCGGGACCGGGGAAAAAGUUCCGGAGGGCUGUGAUUAGUCGUGAUUGGUGGCUCUGGGCUGUGAUUGACAGGUCCCGUCCUCCGGCUCUCCUCUAAGCUCCGGUUGUUGACGCUCUCCAAAAAAAAGCCCGCACGGCGCGCACGGAUAACGGACACGUUCUUGCAGCUCGUCUGGGUUCCGCGUGGGACAGAGCAAGGGGUCCCACACCGAAAGGCACGGCGAAGCGUGGGUCUGGGAGAUCUCCUCGCUCCUCCGCGAGCUCGUGGCCUCCUCGCUUUCAGACAUGGCAGAGAAAAGGCGCUCGCCGUGCGCCCUGAGCGUCAAAGCGCACGCGUUCUCCGUGGAGGCGCUGAUCGGCGCGGAGAAGAGGCGCAAGACGGCCGCAGAAGUUGCGCUGUCCCCCAGAUACGAGCACGGAACGGACGUGACCGAGAUCAACGGGAGUCCGGGGCCGCGCACCGAGAGGGCGUGCACGAGCGAGGCCGAAUGUGCAAGCGAAGGAUCCCCGGACAGCGAGGACGCGCUCUUGGAGAGCCCGCAGCCCGCCGCCCUGUGCGCCGCGCCGCUGACCGGAACCGGAGAGGAGGCCCGGGUGGAUCUGCAGGGAUCCGACCUGUGGAAGCGCUUCCACGAGAUCGGCACGGAAAUGAUCAUCACCAAGGCCGGACGGCGGAUGUUCCCUGCUAUGCGCGUAAAGAUCACGGGUUUGGACCCACAUCAGCAGUACUACGUGGCCAUGGAUAUAAUCCCCGUGGAUAACAAACGCUACAGGUACGUGUACCACAGCUCCAAGUGGAUGGUCGCGGGGAACGCCGACUCCCCUGUGCCGCCCAGAGUGUACAUCCACCCGGACUCGCCAGCCUCAGGAGAGACGUGGAUGCGCCAGGUGGUCAGCUUCGACAAACUCAAACUAACCAACAACGAGCUGGAUGACCAGGGCCAUAUUAUUCUCCACUCCAUGCAUAAGUAUCAGCCGCGUGUGCACAUCAUCCUUAAGGAGUGUGGUGAGGAGCUGUCCCCAGUCAGAGCCAUCCCUGCUGGUGAAGGCACCCGAACCUUCUCCUUCCCUGAAACAGUGUUCACCACUGUCACAGCAUAUCAGAACCAGCAGAUUACACGGCUGAAAAUUGACAGAAACCCAUUUGCCAAAGGUUUCAGGGACUCUGGUAGAAACCGGAUGGGCCUGGAGGCUCUGGUGGAGUCUUACGCCUUCUGGCGCCCGUCUCUACGGACCCUCACGUUUGAAGACAUCCCUGGCAUGGCCAAGCAAGGAGUCCCUGGGGCCCACGGAGGUGUCGGAGCGUCUCCUCACCUGCUCUCCACUUCCCCAUGCUCCUCGCCGUUCCAGGUCUGCCCUCUCAGUCCACCUGACUACACCUGCAGCCGCCCUACGCACCCGCUUCAUCGUUAUGGCAACCCCCCAGAGCCGUUCCCCGCAACCAGAGUUCCCCCAACAUACGAUGGCGAAGGAUUCUGCUCUCUGCCGCUGCCUGCUGCACAGAUUGGCUACCUGUCAAAUGCCUCCUCGCAGAGUUAUGCUGGUCUACGCCUCCACACACCGCCCUACAGUCUCUACGGCUACACAUUCCCUCAACUGCCGCGCCUCGCUGCCAGCCCUGAUAAAAUGGCCUCCACCGCCACUGCUAACCACCAGAGUCCCUUCCUUGGCUCGUCUCCGAGCGGGACCCUAACGGACAGUCUUGGCGUUGUCAGCGAAGGCCAGCAGGGCUUCCUGUUUGACUCUCGGACUUUAGGACUGGCCGGGAGCCAGCCGGGUGGUGGGACCUCACAGGUCAGCGCACACAUGGGCUGAAGUUGACUCCAGAUUUGUUGCAGGAGCGAGAUGACACCCAGGACUGAGUGCGUCUUUAUGCUUCAGAAGGUUCGACAAAUAAAAUUGUCCGCAUGCUGACCUGUGGACAAACACAAACCAAGAAGCAACAACUCAAACUUCUGCUCUAGUGAGCAUAAACAGAUUUAAAUCGAGGGAUUAUUAAUCUGUUCUUUCAAGGGAUUCAUCUGGGACAUCCAGCCUUGGGGAGGCUACGGUGCAGCUUUGGCUGUGGAUCGUACCGAGACAGAAGUGUGGACAGUAACCGGGCUGGCCCGGAUACUAACCCCCUCCCCCUACAGGGAUGUUCUAACACGCACUCCAGACCGGACGUCUUUACCACUUUCUAAGAAACAACAGCCUCUUGCAUAUUGGCGUGAUGCCGUCGUGAAUCCAUUUUGAUGUCAGACUCAAUCAGUUCUGACUCAUGGAAUGACUCCGCCCCUUCUGUGACAUAACUGCUCUGUAAAUAGCAGAAAGCUGUGUAUAUAAAGAACCGCGUGACCCCCCCCCCCGGCACUUAAAACACUCACGCAAGCCUGCGCCGGCUCUUUAGAUCGGGUCAUGUGUGUCAACCCCGAACUCGACUGAAACACUUUUUUUGUGAGCACGCAGCAUCAUCACCACACACCUUUUGAAAUUUUGAGCCAAAUAAAAUAUAUCUAUUCAUGUCACAAUGUUUAUAUGUAAUCAAUAUCUGAAUAAUUUAAUUUUCUAUGAAUUAGUUAUGCAAUUGGGAGUGUACCUGUAAGCAUUCUUACCCAUUGUUUUGUUUUUGAUAAAGCAAUUAAAAAGCUUGAAA